AACAGAACCGUAAUGUGUCAAACGGUGUCAAACUUUUCAGUGUUUUGAAUUCCAUUUUUUUUACCUUCUGCACAAAAUUGUUUUUUCUAAUUUAAUCCCGUUGAAAUUCCAGUGCAAACAAAUUGCCGGAACCCAAUUUCGAUUAAUGUGCAACAUGUAAUGUUUGAAUUAAGGUAGAACAAGUCAACGAUACAACAAAACAUAAUGUUUCGGCGCACUGACAAAAUCGUACGAAUAUUACACGUUCGUAGUCAGCAUUGUAAAAUCAAUUUCUUUCAACGGAAUCAUCAGCGAUUUUCGACCUUUUCUGUCCAAUCUUCGCACAAUGCAAACAAACUCAACAACCAUUUGUACAGCUGCCGCAGUAUAUCCACGAACAGAUCGUUCCUUCUCAAAGACAACAAAAAUGCACUGUCGAAUAAUCCCACGGCCACAACACCAGUAAAGACUUCGCCGGAAGACGAUCAUCCGGUUGAAGAUCUAGUCAAUGCGCCGACGGAUUUGAAACUCAGUUCAUUGGAAAUCAAUACGAACAAAGGAAAAUUGGUGGUGACAACAUCAACUACCGGUACGGAAUUGAAGAAUGUUGUGCUGGAGGUAAAGCCAGAUAAGAAGGAAAUUGACAGCGCCAAGGCUGACGAUGUGGAUGACCCGGCGAAGAAAGUUCGAGUUCAGCGACGUGCUCGGGUCGAUUUCAACAGAUCGUCGCUGGAACGCAAUUUUAUAACCCCAACUCGAGCCAUGUCAGACUUUCUGCUGAAACCGUCUGAUCUGGAAAAUUUGCCCAAAACGAAACGACGAUCGCCGUACGAACAAGAGCCACCGAUUACGGUCUACUGGCGUAAAGAUGUCGAGGAAAAAGCGAUCGAAGUGUGGGGUUCCCGAGAGAAUCUGCUGCGAGAGUGCUUGAAGCGUGAAAUUGAGAAAAAGAUGCAUCAGCAGAAUAUAUUCACAGUAAAGCGACGAUUACGUGACUAUCGUCGCGAAAUCGGUAGUAGGACAGGGGUUACUGGAAGCGAGGAAGGACUAAGUGGUCAAUCAGGAAAAGUGGUUCUAACUGCAAUUGCUAUAAACGCCACGAACUUCGUAUUCAAAAUUUGCGCUUGGCUGUACACCGGAUCGCACAGUAUGUUUGCCGAAAGUAUUCACUCACUAGCCGAUACCAUAAACCAAUUGAUCCUGGCGUAUGGCAUCCAUAAAUCAGUACAAAUCGCCGACUCAGAUCAUCCUUACGGUUACACCAACAUGAAGUAUGUUUCGUCAUUGAUAUCGGGCGUUGGUAUAUUUUGCAUUGGAACUGGUCUGUCAUUCUACCACGGCUUUAUGGGCUUAGCGAAUCCAGCUCCAAUCGAAGACUUUUUUUGGGCCUUUUGCAUUCUCGGUGGCUCAUUAAUUUCCGAGGGCGCAACACUUAUGGUGGCUGUCAAUACAAUUAGACAUGCGGCCAAAGCGAGCAAUCAAACAUUCAAAGAAUACGUGAUGCGAGGUGAAGACCCGUGCGUUAACGUUGUAUUAUUCGAAGAUACGGCUGCCGUUUUGAGUGUUGUGCUAGCGGCCGGUUGCAUGGGAUUGUCCACAUAUUACAAUUCGUCCAUACCUGACGCAUGUGGAUCGCUUUUAGUCGGCGGUAUAUUGGGAUCGGUGGCGUCGUUUAUCAUUUAUUCCAAUGCCAAUGCACUGGUGGGUCGAUCCAUCACCGAAGAGCAGCUCGAUAGAAUCAAUGCCGAACUGGAAAGCGAUAUAAUGAUUCGGGCUAUCCAUGAUGUUAAGGGUAUAGAUAUAGGCAACUCAUUGGUGCGAUAUAAGGCGGAAAUGGACUUUGACGGUCGAGAGCUUACUAGAUUUUACCUUGAAAAGCAAGACUUAAAUAUAUUGUUAGAGGAAAUCAAACUUUUUACAACCAUUGACGAACUGGAAGCAUUUCUGCUGAAGCAUGGUGAAAGUAUUGUGGAUCUGAUGGGAGGUGAAAUCGAUCGCAUAGAAAUGAAGAUAAGGAAAAAAUUCCCUGAUGUGAGACACUGUGAUUUAGAGAUUCUAUAAUUUCGAAGGAAUAGAAAAGUGUGAGAAAACGAAAUAAAAUAAAACUAAAAAAAAAUCCAAAAUAAUUUUCGUAUGAAUAUUGUGAAUAAAACAAAAGUUUAUUAAGUGAGUGUAAGAUCGAUAAUAGAAUACUUAAAAAUUGAUGAAAACAUUUGUUUUGAGUCGAUUUUGGCUUGAUAUUUUAUUUUGUUACUGAUCAACGAACACAAACAGAUGAUUGGGUUCGGGCUACUUUAUUAUGUAAACAAUUGAUUUCGAGUGGAACAAAAACUCAUUUUGUAAAACAAACCUAUUUUCCUUAAUUUACUUUAAUCAAAUGUUCAAUAUAAAUGCAAAUCUGAUAACAAUAAAUUGAUGCUGUUAAUGA